GCGAUCUUCUGAUCUUGUAUUCAGCCUCUUGCAGCUUCGACAGUUUGUUGUUGUAUCGUUUGUUUUUCGUCUCCAUUGUCAUGCGUAAAAAUAGCUCAAACAUUAACAUUAGGUCAUUAGGCUAUAAUUAGCGCCUUAUUUGUGCCCUAAAAACGCUUAGAUCUAGUCUACUAAGUAGGCUUAGCAGCCUUUCAUUCACUCUUUUACUUUACGAAUAACAACCAUAAUUAUUGCAAAAGUACUCCCGAUUUAGAAACAUCAUCAUCGUACUGCUAUGGAUUAAAUGACUGGGAUUCUACAUACUAGAGUCUAGAUCUAGAUCUAUCUAGAUCUAGAUCUACAUCUAGAACCCUUAGGCCCUAUGCCCUAUUUAUUCAGUCACUCACUGUUCCCUGUCUCAGUUGGGUAGAUUCUAGAUCAAAGACUGUUUAUACAGACUACAGAAGACAGAAUUCAGCCUUCAAUUCUCAUAGCCUACCAGACAGAAAUCACAAUGGAGUCUGGUGCAGCUUCAAGUACAUCAGCUGGCACUUGUUGUUUGAAGUGCUGUAUACAAAAUCCUCCCUCUCGGAUGAUCGCGACCAACGGAUCGAGGGUUGAAGUCAGAGCUUUUGAGGCCAAAGGGAAAAAGAAUCUGGUUGUGGAGUGGAAGGCGGGAGGAGAAGCCAUUUUCCACCGAGAUUGCUGGAACGCCCUCGUUCACGCGUCCCAACGUGCCCCGGGCACAGCCACAGAUAUUGAGCUCACAGACCUAGAGCGGAGCAUGAUAAAAGAGUCCAAGAAGACAGCCGAGUACCACGAUUCACACGCCGGUGUUGCAGAGCAGGCUGCACGUGUGGCUCGAAUAUUGAAAGACAGUUCCUACUGUAUCAGCUUUACAGGUGCUGGAAUUUCUACUGCUGCUGGCAUUGGGGAUUUCAGAGGGAAGGACGGAAAAUGGACGGAGAGGGAAAAGAAAAAGAAUUAUGGGUCCCAAGCAACAAAGGCCAAAGGUCGCGGGUUUGUGAUAGAGGAGCUGAGACCGACCUACACACAUGAGGCCCUGGUCAAGCUGACGGAGAUGGGAAUUCUCAAGUACCUGAUCAGCCAGAACACCGACGGGCUGCACCGUCUGUCGGGGAUCCCAGCGGAGAAUAUGUCCGAACUGCACGGAAAUUCUUUUAUCGAAAAAUGUGAAUCGUGCGACGCCAGGUACGAAAGAACUUUUGCCUGCCGUCAGAAUAAAGUACCUGCCCCGCCUCUGCCUUGUCCCAAAUGUAAGAUCAACCACAGAACUGGACGGAAAUGUGAAAGAAAGGGCUGUGACAGUUAUUUGAUGAACACCAUCAUCAACUUUGGGGACUAUCUAGAGUCGGACGUCUUACGCUCUGCGGAGCAUCACGCCAAGCGAGCAGACGCGGUUCUGGUUCUGGGCUCUACACUUCGGGUCAGCCCGGCAAAUUCUCUGGUGGCGAUGGGCGUAGAACCGCACAGGAUCAUUAUCUGCAACAGACAAACCACUCCUUACGACGAUGACUGUGGGAACGGGGCUCGUGUCUUCGGAGAUUGUGAUCGGCUGAUGCGGGAGGUCAUGAGGUGCCUGCUGCCCUUACCUGAACUGACAACGUGGGAGAAGGAGAGAGAACAGCGCUUAGUGGAAUACAGCUUGAGGAGAACUCUUGUCAAGUAACUUCAACAACGAAGAUGGAGCUGCUUAACAAAUUAUAAAUAGAUUUAAUCAUCUCAGUUAGCACAUCCAUGAAGUAACAUCACUAAUUAACCCUUUACCCCCUGAGGAGUUGUCCUGAUAAAUGCCUUGAAUUCCCAGAACAAGGGAAAUAGUCCUCUAAAUAUACCAUACGUGAUUUGUUUUUUAAGAACUCAUCAAAAAAAAGAAGACUGUCUUAACUUUACAAAAAUAUUUGGAUCAAACACAACUACUUUAGGAAAAGAAUAAAUGGUUCUAACAAGCCUGUUUCCGCUGCGGUACAGUAUGGGCGAGUUAUUUAUUUCUCCUAUCACAGAUGUAACUGUCUGGGUUUCGUAUUCCUCAUCUAUUCCUUCAAAUAAUUAACUCAUCCAGUGACAUAUACGUGAUUUUCUGGUAGAUAGUGCAAUGAACUUUCAACAUGUCCUUGUUUGGUUGAGAUCGCUUCAUAUGCCGAGUUAUUGCGUAUUUUAAAAAAUUUCUUGCCUCCAUUUUAUCAUUAUAUUUAUUUCAGAAAUUCACACAUACAGUUUCUGGGUCGAUUUGAACCUUUCAAAAACUCAAAGAAAGAAGAUGGACUGUACUUUUGCAUAUAUAGCCUUGUUUUCAGUCAUAUUUAAUCAGGCAUUCUGCCCAGACUUGAUAGAAAUGCAUACCAUGGCAGCCUUGGGCAUCAGGCAUGCGUUUAGUGACUGCGGUAGUUUAAAACACUGUGCUAUACCUCUCUAGUGGUCAGCACUGCACAACUCCUCUCCAGGGGGCAAAUGGUUAAGACAGACCUCGGUGAAGUGAAAUGAGCAGUUUAGGAAAAAAUCUGGGAAAUGACAGGAAUAACCAAGAUAAAACUGCUCUUGAAUUGUGAAAUGUUAGUCGUAACCAUUAUCCCAUCUUAGUUUCUCACUUGAUGCAUUCCAAAUAAAUGAUACAGAAGAGCAAUAAAGGGCAAACUAAAACCUA